GUUAAUUAAAAGUGCCUUUAAAAAAAUUAAGAUUAUAUAAAGAAUAAAAACAAGUGUGAAAGCAUUUGAUUCAAAAAGUCUUGCCAGUGUUAGGCAACUGGAAAAAUUGAAUUCAAAAAAUAAGAAAAUGGAGAUGCGUGACUGUGGUAGUCUUACCUCUAUUAAGAAAAGUACGCGGUGCCGUUCUUUUCAUUUCAGAUACUUGGAGCUUUGUCGUUCCAAAAAUGUAACACCUUUAAGUGAUAUUCGUUCGAAAAAUAACGCAACGUCACUUCUGGAUUUUAGUGCAGAUAAAAUUGGCGUUACUGAUUGGGGCCUCAUCGUUGAAUCAUUGUAUUACGAUCAAGUAUUACAAACACUUGCAAUAAGACUACGGCGUUGUCAACCAAUAGUAUUGGAACACCUUGACACUGAAAAGAAGGCUAAAUUCUUUAGACAGAAGCCAUGUGUGUGCACUAAGUAUGUCUUUACAGGUGUUAUCGAAGCGGUUUCAAAAGUUAUAGAGCUUAACAAAAACCUGAGGAUAUUAUGCCUUGAGGGACUGCCAAUAAAUGAUAUGUAUGUGGAAACAAUAGCAAAGGCAUUAUCUGCAAAUGACAAUUUGAAGGAAAUAAGUUUUCAACGGUCAAAUCUAGGUGAUAAAGGAUGCGAGGCAAUAUGUAACGCUCUGAAAUAUAUGGAUAACGUUGAAAAACUAAACCUAUCACAUUGUGGAAUCGGUGUGAAAGGAGCAGAGUGUGUAUCAGAAAUGAUAAAGGUAAUGUAA